AUGGGUACCUUUGGCUGUGCUGUGUUACUGCUCAGUGCUCUGCUCAGUAUGGUGGAUCUGAGUUCUGGAGCAGAAAAGACUUUUCCUGUCCUGAACAUUGCAGUUAUUUUGGGAAGAACUCGUUAUAUCACAGAGAAAGAAGUCCGGUCAUUCUGGACAAGGGAUACGUCCUUGAACUUUGAUGUCAACGUGGUGACCCUGCUAGUAAACCAGACUGACCCCAAGAGUAUUAUCACCCAUGUGUGUGAUCUGAUGUCAGGUACCAAGAUCCAUGGGGUCGUUUUUGGAGACGAUACUGACCAAGAGGCCAUAGCUCAGAUUUUGGAUUUUGUUUCUGCUCAGACUUUCAUUCCAAUUCUUGGUAUUCAUGGUGGGUCUUCGAUGAUCAUGGCAGACAAGGAUGCAAUGUCAACCUUCUAUCAGUUUGGAGCUUCCAUCACUCAACAAGCUAUUGUCAUGCUUAGUAUUAUGGAGGAAUAUGACUGGCAUGUAUUCUCUGUGAUAACGAGCACCUUCCCGGGUUAUCGAGACUUUAUAAGUUUCCUAAAAAUCACUGUGGAGAAUAGUUUUGUGGAUUGGGACAUGCAGAAUGUAAUUACUCUGGACACAUCAUAUACUGAUGCACAAACCCUUACUCAGCUGAAGAAGAUCCAUUCUUCUGUUAUACUCCUUUAUUGUUCAAAGGAUGAAUCCAUUAAAAUUUUUGAAGAAGCACGCUCUAUAGGCCUUAUGGGAUACGGUUAUAUUUGGAUUGUUGCCAAUCUGGUGACGGGUAACACAGAAGUAAUACCAUUUGAAUUUCCAUCUGGAUUGGUUUCUGUAUCGUAUGAUGACUGGGACUACACCUUGGAGGCCAGAGUGAGAGAUGGCCUUGGAAUUAUCACCACAGCUGCAUCAGCCAUGUUGGACACAUAUUCAGUAAUUCCAGAAACCAGAUCAAGCUGUUAUGGUCAAAAUGAACGGAUUGAGAUACCAGCUCACACGCUAAACGAGUUUAUGAUAAAUUUAACAUGGGAUGGCCGAGAUUUGUCCUUUACAGAAGACGGUUAUCAAGCUAAUCCAAAGCUAGUGGUUAUACUGCUGAAUCCAGACAGAGAGUGGGAAAAGGUAGCAAAAUGGGAGAACAAAAGCCUGGAGGUAAAAUAUCCUGUAUGGCCCAGGAUAACUGGGGCGCUGGACAGCGAACCUGAUUACAACCAUCUUAGUAUCGUUACUUUAGAGGAAGCUCCAUUCGUCAUUGUUGAGAACAUGGAGUAUCACACAGGAACCUGUGUAAGGAAUUCUGUGCCGUGUCGAAAAUACAUCAGGUUAAACAACUCUACCACUGAAGGUACAUAUGUGAAAAAAUGCUGUAAAGGAUUCUGCAUAGAUAUCUUGAAGAAACUUUCCAAGACUGUGAAAUUCACAUACGACCUUUACCUUGUAACCAAUGGGAAGCAUGGCAAAAAAAUCAAUAACGUUUGGAAUGGAAUGAUUGGUGAAGUGGUCUAUAAGCGAGCAGUUAUGGCAGUGGGUUCACUCACGAUUAAUGAAGAGCGCUCAGAGGUUGUUGAUUUUUCAGUUCCAUUUGUCGAAACUGGAAUUAGUGUUAUGGUAUCACGUAGCAAUGGCACCGUUUCUCCUUCAGCUUUUUUAGAACCGUUUAGUGCAUCUGUCUGGGUGAUGAUGUUUGUGAUGCUUCUCAUUGUGUCCGCCAUGGCUGUUUUUAUAUUUGAGUACUUUAGUCCAGUAGGAUAUAACAGAAACUUAGCACAAGGAAAAGAUCCACAUGGACCUUCUUUCACCAUUGGAAAGGCCGUCUGGCUACUUUGGGGUUUGGUCUUUAAUAACUCAGUACCUGUGCAAAAUCCAAAAGGCACGACUAGCAAAAUUAUUGUGUCAAUUUGGGCUUUCUUUGCUGUAAUAUUUUUGGCAAGCUACACUGCUAACCUGGCUGCAUUCAUGAUCCAAGAAGAAUUUGUUGAUCAGGUGACAGGACUUAGUGACAAAAAGUUUCAAAGGUCAUACGAAUACUCUCCCCCAUUUCGAUUUGGCACAGUCCCCAAUGGCAGUACAGAAAGGAACAUUAGAAACAAUUAUCCUGAAAUGCAUCAGUACAUGGUAAAGUUUAAUCAGAAAGGAGUUCAAGAAGCUUUGGUCAGCUUAAAGACUGGAAAGUUAGAUGCCUUCAUCUACGAUGCAGCAGUGCUAAAUUAUAUGGCCGGAAGAGAUGAAGGUUGCAAGCUUGUGACAAUAGGCAGUGGUUACAUCUUUGCCACAACAGGCUAUGGAAUUGCCCUCCAGAAAGGUUCUGCAUGGAAACGGCCUAUUGAUCUAGCACUUUUACAAUUUGUUGGAGAUGGUGAGAUGGAAGAACUGGAGACUUUGUGGCUUACUGGCAUUUGUCACAGUGAGAAAAAUGAAGUUAUGAGCAGCCAGUUGGAUAUUGACAACAUGGCAGGUGUCUUCUACAUGCUGGCAGCUGCCAUGGCCUUGAGUCUUAUAACAUUUGUUUGGGAACAUUUAUUUUACUGGAAACUCAGAUUCUGUUUUACUGGUGUUUGUUCAGAAAAACCAGGACUGCUAUUCUCAAUAAGUAGGGGCAUUUACAGCUGCAUUCAUGGCGUUCACAUAGAAGAGAAAAAAAAAUCUUUAGAUUUCAGCUUUACUGCUUCCCAAACCAAUAUGUUAAAAUUAUUGAGAUCAUCUAAAAACAUGGCUAAUUUGACUAAUUUAAACCCUUCUCAAUGCAAUUCACCAAAAAGGACAUCAGAUUAUAUUCACAGAGGUUCACUGCUAAUGGACAUGGUUCUAGACAAAGGGAACUUAAUCUAUUCUGAUAAUAGACCAUUCCAACAAAAAGAGAUUUAUGCCGAAAAUACACAUGAUCUCUCCAUGUUAGCGAGUAAUCGCCAUAAAGACAACCUUAACAAUUAUGUGUUCCAAGGCCAACAUCCACUCACCCUUAAUGAAUCCAAUCCCAAUACUGUUGAAGUUGCUGUCAGUGCAGAGCCAAAGAUGAAUUCUAGGCCAAGACAACUUUGGAAGAAGUCUGUAGAGACGUUGAGGCAAAAUCAAGGUUCAAUUAAUGAAAAUGGUACUGAUGAGCCUAAGCUAUCUAGUAAAAACCAACGCUUCCUUCCUGAAGAUGGACAUUUUUCUGAUGCUUCAGAGACAUCAAGUAGAGCAACUUGUCAUGUAGACCAUGAAAAUAAUACCAAACAUCACAAAAGUAAAGACAACUUAAAAAAGCGAUCUGGAUCUAAAUUCCCUAGAGACUGUAGUGAAGUUGAGUUGUCCUACUUAAACACCAAACAAGGAUCCAUUCGUGAUAUAAUUUACGCAAUCGAUGAUGACAAGGAACCCAAUUUCUUGAUAGAGCAGCCCCAGUAUAGUGAAAAUGCUCCUGUUCAAGAAGAAGGAGAUUAUCCUGAAGUAUACCAAGAUCACAAUGACAAUUACAGAAAGUCCGAACCCUCCCUACAUGGGAAUAGAACUCCCAUACAUAAUGACAAUAGUCUUCCAAAUAAUGACAUACAAUAUAAGCUGUUUGCUAAGCACUAUAGUGUAAAGGAAAAAAAUGCACCUAUGACUGAAGUCAAUGACAGAUAUAGACAAAAUUCUACACAUUGCAGAAGCUGUCUUUCAAAUGUGCCCAGUUAUACCAGUCAUUUUUCUGCCAGGUCGCCAUACAAGUGUGAUGAUUGCCUACAUAUAGGAAAUCUAUAUGAUAUUGAUGAAGAUCAAAUGCUACAUGAGGCUGCCAACUCUAUGCAUUCUGAAGCUGUUUAUGAGCACAACUGGAUUGACAACAAUGCUCUUCAAUUUCAGAAGAAAAACAAGUUGCGAAUUCACAGGCAGCAUUCUUGUGACAACAUAAAUAAGUCCAGAGAGUCUGAUGCUGGAAGGCAAUCCCGUAGCAUAAGUUUGAAAGACAAGGAACGAUAUUUAGAAGAAAACCCCUUUGCUAAUAUUCUUAUUGUCCCCCAUGAAAAACUAUUGGGAAAUAAGACUCCACUUUUUACACAAUCUUUAAAGGAAAACAAGAGGAGCAAGUCCCUUUAUCCUGACAUUACUUCUGAAAACCCAUUUCUGCAUCCUUUUCAUGAGAACCAAAAACUGAGUCAUGGACGGAGCUCUUCGGACAUAUACAAACAAUCCUCAACAUCAAAAUCAAGAAAUGAUAAUUAUUUAAGAUCAUCAAUAAAAUCCACUACUUCAUACUCCUUGAGGGAUGGACGAAUACCCAAUGACAUGUGUGCUUCAGAGUAUGUUAUGCCUUAUGUCUCAAGCAAGAAUAGUCUGUACCCAACUCCAAGGGUUGUAGAUUCCUGCAGCAAUAGACGUGUAUUUAAGAAAAUGCCUAGCAUUGAAUCAGAUGUUUAA